CCUGGGGCUCCUGAACUUGGCGCUGGAGGUCCCCCCUGCCCGGGUCCGGUUUCUGGGCGCGCGCCGCCGGCAGGUGAAUAGCUGCGGGUGGGCAGGCCGGCGAAUGGGAAAGUCUGGCCGGGGGUCUGUCACAGCCCAGCUAACGCAGCACAUCGCCUGUGUCACUGGACACCUGUCCCCUCUGUACCCCCUCCCCCGGCGCCCCCAGGCUGCUCCCGCGAGCGGAGCCAUUGAGACUGCAUGGAGAUCCUGCAGAGGAAACUUCGUCUAGGUGACCAGGGAUCAGGAUCCACCGGCUCCUGAUGACCGAUCAUUUUCCCUAAAGCAAUGGCAUGGACCAAAAUGAGAAAUUCUGUUGCUGAUUGCAAAGUGAAAAGGAGGCAGGCAACAGACUGAGGGCUGCCGAGCAAAAGAUGGACCCCUGUGAAGACCUGGAAACGUCCAGCGGUAAAUCUCUGGACUCCAGGGGGACCGAACCUCAGGAAUUUGAAGGACCACAGGCCUGCCGCUCUGAGGCCCUGGGGAGAGGAAACGAGGAGAUGUGGAGCCCACACGUGGAGAACAGCAACAGUGAACAGCAAGAUCGAAACAGAGUUUCUGAAGAACUUAUAAUGGUUGUGCAAGAAAUGAAAAAAUACUUGCCAUCGGGGAGACACAGUAAGCCGAGCACCGUCGAGGCCCUCAACUAUGCACUUCGCUGCGUGCACAGCGUACAAGCAAACAGUGGGUUUUUCCAGACUCUCAGUCAGAGUGGAGCGCCUCAAGCAGCUGCGACCGCAUACAAUCUUGAGGAGCUGGCCACGGCUGCCUCGGGGUACACUUCCAAAAACACAGUAAGAAUCCACACAUUUUGCCAUAUCAACCUGGGUGACUUUUCCUAACAACCUUGUCUAGACGUAGAUGUUGAAACCUAACAUGCUGGAGUUUCAUUAACCGUGAUGCGAGGCAAACAGUGGAGGCGCGCUGCUGAGGAGGCAUCGUGUAGUUUCUCCUGCCCUUGCGGGAGCACAGAUGUAAACCCAGGUGGCGGCCCUGGGGCGGUGGUCUGCUGGGCUCCCCUCCCGAGCCGCCCCUGCCUCCUGAGCAUCCCUGUGUUCUCUCGAAGUCAGAGAGAAAAACAAAUAACAAACUGCAGAGUAACCGCCCUCAUUUUAUUUUGAUCUCAGAAUCGUUAAUUUGUAUUUAUAUCAUUCUUAGUUCCAAUACCUACUCCUUCAAGUUGUAACAACUGGAUUUUAUAGAACCAGGUGAGUUGAGAUGCUGUCAUUUUUCUGUCAAAUUUGGGAAGAGACAUGUAGUGGAUCUUUUUUGAAUCUCUUCAUGUUGGCAGAAUCAUUCAGCCUUAUGCCUUACUGAUGUGAUGGAGAUUACUUAGUUUUAUGUUUAGACCCCAUACAUAAAGAUCUGGUAAUAUCGGAACAGGAGCUCUCCCUAAGAUCACAGGAGUAUUUGUUUUACUGACUGGGGUGUUUAUGGGACUCUGGUGGGUGUGGCGGAGAUGGAAGAAACAAGGAAAGGUUUAAGAAAACAUUUUCCCUUUAAGAUCUUCAGGUAGAACUAGAGAGGGGAGGACAUGCCAAUGCUAGCAGACACAAACAGUAGCCGAUUGUAAAUGUUAUUGAUGUUUGACGGAACAUAUGAGAAAUGAUUCUUAUGUAGCGAGGUUUGUCAAAGACCGUGUCUUGAAAGAAGAGACUCUUGAGCUUGGUCUUGAAGCCUAGAGUUCGCAUUGGUCAAGAGAAGACAGUCCCCUCAGUUUGCAAACGAGAAGGAAUCAGAAAUGGAUGCGCCGUGUGCACGUUUAGUCGAUGUAGGAUGAGCUGGUAUAUUGUUUGGUAUAGAAAUCAGACCUUCAGAGGGGAAGAAUGAAGCGGGGGAAAUCCGAGGGGUAGACGAACCAUGAGAGACGAUGGACUCUGAAAAACAAA